UAAACAAUGGCGAAAAAUACUGGAACUUUAAGUUCUGCUUCUAUGAUAGAUUUGAAAGCUGAGCUAUUUCGUAAGCAAGAGGAGUAUAAAAAGAAGAAAGCUGAAAUACUAUCAACAAGUGAAGGGUAUAUCAAAGGAAAGGUAGAAGACAGUGGAAGUAAGAAGAAAACCAAUAUCUGGAGUAAGAAGAAUAAAGGUGUUUUAGAAAGAGCUCAAAGAGAUUUUGAAAUAAAGGCAGAAGAAGAAGAUGUGAAUGAAAAAUCCAGAAAAGCAUUAGAAGCCAAAGCUAGACUGUAUGACAAGAUUACUAAUAGUUCAGAAAUACCAGAGGAAGAUGGAAGUGGGACAUAUUUAGUUGAUUUUCAAAGAAAAGUCAUAGAUUCUAUUGAUGAGAAGAUAGAAAAGAACAGAGAGAAAGAGAGAAGUCCACUAGAUGAUGAUGUGCCAUCACCUUCAACCCCAGAUGAAGAAUGGGUUGAUUAUAUUGAUACACUGGGACGUUCAAGAAGAUGUUUAAGGAAAGAUUUACCAGUCCUAAUUGAACAAGACAAGAAAUUUUCCAAACAACCAGGAGCUCAAAAUGAAAAAAUUAAAAGUUCAUCUGAAAAUCUACCAACUCUGCUGUCAAAUGAUAUGAGACGAGAAAUAGAACGGCAAAAAUGGGAGAAAGAAGAGCUAGAAAAAAUAAACGAAGGACCUAUACAUUAUGCUAAUGUUCAACAUAAUGAAAUCAGAACACAUGGUGUUGGAUUUUAUCAGUUUUCUAAAAAUGAUAAAGAGAGAAAGGAACAGAUGGAAACUCUUACUAAGAUUCGUGAUGAGACUGUUUCAUCACGUUCUAAAAUAGAGAAGUUAAAAGAAAAGAGAAAAGCACAACUAGAAGCUAGAUUACAGAAAGUUAAACAACGUAGAAAAAUGAAAGAAGGUUAUGUGGAAAAUGAAGUGGAAAUUAAAGAUAUUUUCUAUUUUACAGUGGAAAGUAAAGAUGUUUUCUAUUUUAUAGUGGAAAGUAAAGAUGUUUUCUAUUUUAUAGUGGAAAGUAAAGAUGUUUUCUAUUUUACAGUGGAAAGUAAAGAUGUUUUCUAUUUUACAGUGGAAAUGGAAAAUAAAGAAAGUGAAGUUAAAAAAGAAGAUGAAAUUGGACCCAAAAUAGACGAAAUGUUGACACAACAGAGAUCUAUAGUAGAUAAUGAAACUAAGAAAGACAAGCCUUUAAGAGAAUGGGACAAAGGCAAAGAAAGAUUGUUUGCGUGGUCUGAGGAGAAAUAUUUUGAAGACAGAAGAGAAGAAAGAGAUCCAGAAUUUGCACCACCAUCCAUUUAUAAGGAUGCUCCUAAACAAAUGGGCAAGAAGUCAAAGAUAAAGAAGAACCAAAGGAACAGUGCUGAGAAAUUAGUUGAAGUACAGACACCUAUUGAAACAGUAGGAGAGAAGACAACAGCUCAUCAGAGUAUAGAUAACAUGUUAUCAGAACAGAGAUCCUUAGCUAGUCAACCACCACAAAACACAGAGGGUAAUCUCAAUAUUACAAAUCUAAUAUAUCAUCCCAACUGUGUUCCAUAUUCUGGGGAUGAGUCAAGCAAUUAUCAGCAACAAUGGGGAACUGACCCUGCAGGAUUAGGACAAAGUGACCUAACUCCACAUAUACCCAAUUUUAGUGUGCCACCUCCUGGGUACAAUCCAAAUAUUUUUCUUCCUGGUCAAAAUCCUUCUAACCAUCAACCACCCAUAUAUCCACCUCCUUCCUAUUACCCUCAAAACUAUGCACCUCAGCCAAAUCAGAACUAUGUGCCUCAGUAUUCUCAAAACUAUAUGCCUCAGCCAAAUCAAAACUAUAUGCCUCAACCUAAUCAGAACUAUGAACUUCAACCUCCAAGAACCAACACAAAUUAUUCUCAAUACUUCUCACACCAAGGUCAAGGUUUAUCUGGUCUGAAUUUCGGAUUAAAGAAGGACACUGUGGGAAGUACUGUAUCUAAAUUAGAUAUUGUAGACACACGUCUAGUGAAGAAGGAUGAUGGAUUAGACGAUUUGGAGGAAUCUAGUAAUGUGGAAGCCAUUUCCAGCAAGGCAGUUCCUUAUAAACCGGGAACUUUUUACUUAGCAAGUUUGAAAAAAGAGCAAGAAGCAGACUCUUUGGAUCACCUAGUAUCAGAAGCUCCAUUAGUUUCUAAACCCCACACUAUGGAUUCAGGGUCUCAGUCUUUCAGCAGUGAUGGUGUUAUUUACAAGUCUUGAAGUUGAGAUUGAAUAAAAUUUGAUGUAUU